UGCGGCUAAAUUACGCUAUGCAUGUAUUGGUACAAGAGUUCAUCCUCGUAAAUGACACAAAAUGUCUACAAUGAACUAAAUGGUCAUAAAAAACACACACUUGAAACUUAACACCUUAAAAACUAAUUGGAUCAAAGAAUGUGAUCAGGUCCCAAUGACAUCAUGAUCAUCUUGGUCAACUCAAACACAUCAAUAAUAAUUCACUGUUCAUGCAUACAUAGAAACUCAACCGCCCUCUUUCAAGCUUUAACCCACCCUGCCAACUACUUACUAUUAUCUUCAUUCAUAAACCAUAACCAUAACCAUCACCAUAUCUUACUGACUCAAUCUCUCCCUGCAAAGAGAGAAGAGCAGUAGCUUCAUUUAAUGCCACUUUAAAGCUUCACAUUCUUCAAAAACCCUCACUAUCUCCCAUGCAAUGCAACGCAAUGCAUGCAUGCAUGCAAACAAACAGCAACAUGGCAAGCUUUGUCUUCUUUGUAACAAUGGUUGCUUCUCUUCUCACUGUUUCAGCUUCUUCAAACUCUUUGCCAAUUCUCUUACAAUUGAAAGCUUCAUUCACUCAUGAUCCUUUGAAUGUGCUGGAGAGCUGGAGCUCUAACAACACUGAUUACUGUUCAUGGACUGGCAUAACUUGUGAUGGUGACGUGGUCGCCGGCGUUAACCUCUCGUCGGCGUCACUGGAAGGUGGUGUCUCACCGUCACUCGGUUUGCUCACUGGCUUGCAAGUGCUUGACCUCUCUUCAAACAGUCUCACUGGUUCUAUUCCGGAGUCUCUUUCCAACUUGACUUCACUCACUGUUCUUCUUCUUUAUUCCAAUGGUCUUUCUGGAACAAUACCAGCAGGUCUUGGGUAUCUCCCGAGUCUCCGAGUUCUUCGACUCGGUGACAACUCGGGUAUCACUGGACCCAUUCCUGACUCUUUUGGUCAUCUUCUCAAUCUCACAGUGCUUGGUUUGGCUUCUUGUAAUCUCACUGGUUCUAUUCCGAGUCAACUCGGAAGGCUUUCUCUGCUUCAGAGGUUGGUUCUUCAGCAAAACCAGCUGCAGGGAAUGAUACCGACGGAGAUCAGUGACUGCAGUGAGCUUGUUGUGCUUGCUUUAUCGAACAACAACAUCUCCGGUGACAUCCCUGCGGAGCUUGGAAGCUUGGCCAACUUGCAAACACUCAACUUGGGAAACAACUCAUUGGAAGGUGAGAUACCGAGUCAACUCGGAAAGCUAAAUCAACUCGUUUACCUCAACUUUAUGGCCAACAAGCUUCAGGGUACAAUUCCAAAGUCUUUUGGGAGACUUGUAAGUCUUCAGAAUCUUGAUUUAUCUGGGAACCAGCUCACAGGUUCUGUUCCAGAAGAACUCAGUGAGUUAAGUGAGUUGGUGUUCUUGGUCUUGUCUGGAAACCAGCUUUCCGGGCCAUUGCCGGAGAAGCUCUGCCAGACCUCUUCAAAGUUGGAGCACUUGCUUCUUUCUACCAACAACUUCACUGGAGAAAUUCCUGUGAGUUUGGUGUCAUGUCAAUAUCUGAAGCAGUUGGACUUGGCCAAUAACAGCCUCAGUGGUUUGAUUCCAUCAGAGCUCGGUGAGCUCUUGAACCUCACUGAUCUCCUUCUCAACAACAACAGUUUCUCCGGCACCAUUCCCAGGAGUCUAGGCGAUCUCAGCAACCUUCAAACACUCACAUUGUAUCACAAUGAACUCAGAGGAAGAAUCCCUGAAGAAUUAGGCAUGCUGCAGAAGCUUGAGAUUCUAUACUUGUAUGAAAAUCAGUUGUCCGGUGAGAUACCGAAGAUGAUCGGUAACUGUUCGAGCUUGCAAAUGAUAGAUUUCUUCGGUAACCAGUUGACCGGCAGCAUUCCGAGCUCUUUUGGCAUGCUUGAGAAUUUAAACUUCUUGCACCUCAGGGGAAAUGGUUUCUCCGGUGAGAUUCCAGUGUCAUUAGGCAAUUGCCGGCAGCUCAUGAUACUAGACUUGGCCGAUAACCAGCUAUCUGGUAGGAUUCCGGCGAGUUUUGGGCAAUUGGAAUCGCUCCAGCAGCUCAUGCUCUACAACAACUCACUCCAUGGAAGCAUUCCUGAUGAAGUGUUUGGCUGCAAGAACAUUACCAGAGUGAACUUGUCCAACAAUAGAUUGAAUGGCAGCCUUCUUCCUCUCUGCGGCUCAAUCUCUUUGCUUUCAUUUGAUGUUACUAACAAUUCAUUCAACUUUGAUGUUCCUCCUCAGCUGGGAAACUCGCAGAUGCUCGAAAGAAUUCGACUAGGAAAGAACAGGUUGAUAGGUGAAAUCCCAUCGACUCUUGGGAGCAUUUCAGAACUCUCCAUUCUGGACCUAUCUAGCAAUUCACUUGCAGGAGAAAUACCUGAGGAGCUAGCAUCAUGCAGUAAGCUGACACAUCUUGAUCUGAAUGACAAUAAGUUCUCAGGAUCUGUUCCUGCAUGGCUAGGGAGCUUGUCUCAGUUGGGAGAGCUCAAGCUAUCAAACAAUGGAUUCUCUGGCCUUCUUCCUGUUGAACUCUUCAAUUGUAGUAAUCUCUUGAAGCUUUGUCUUGAUGGUAAUCAGCUCAAUGGCACAGUACCUGCUCAAAUUGGUGAGCUUGUUUCUGUAAAUGUCCUCAACCUUGCUGGCAAUGAGUUCUCAGGAUCAAUACCUGCCUCCAUUGGGAGACUAACCAAGCUUUAUGAUCUCCAUCUGUCUCACAAUUCAUUCACUGGUAACAUCCCCUCUGAGCUUGGUCAGUUGCAGGAACUACAGAGCACAUUAGACCUCAGCUACAAUCACCUAACUGGAGAAAUUCCUCUGUUUCUCCAAUCUCUUUCAAAGCUUGAAGAGCUUGACCUCUCUCAUAAUUCAUUAACAGGUGAAGUUCCCCGCCAAAUUGGAGAAAUGAGCAGUUUGGUGAAGCUUGAUCUCUCUUACAACAGACUGCAGGGAGAACUGGACCAGGCGUUUGACCGGUGGCCGUUGCGAUCGUUUGAAGCAAAUGCUGCUCUUUGCGGCAAUCCCCUACAACCAUGUUCAACCCACAACUCAAGCCCCCAACAAGCGGGCCUCAAUGCUGCUUCCAUAGCUGUUGUAUCAGCCGCAACAACGAUCAUAUUUGCUCUGUUGAUUGUUGCUAUCAUUAUACUGCGAAGGCGGAUACCUGGAACGAAGCAAGUUAAUUGUGGUUAUUCAUCUAGUUCAUCACUUACUCAUCGGCAAUUGCUGCUGAAAGGUUCAAUGAAACGAGAAUUCAGAUGGGAAGCCAUAAUGGAAUCAACAAACUACCUAAGUGAUGAGUUUAUCAUUGGUUCAGGUGGUGCCGGCACAGUAUACAGAGUUGAAUUGUCAACUGGCGAGACAGUGGCAGUGAAGAAAUUCCUCAACAAAGAUAGCAAUGCCUUCUUACUUGACAAAUGCUUUGCUAGGGAGAUCAAGACUCUUGGCAGGAUAAGACACCGGCAUUUGGUCAAGCUUCUGGGAUUCUUGAGUGGCAGUAACAAUGGUGCCAGUGCAGGUACAUAUCUGCUCGUCUAUGAGUACAUGGAGAACGGAAGUGUCUGGGAUUGGCUGCAUAAUCCACAAGUUGGUUACAAGAAGAAGGAGCUAAAUUGGGAGGCAAGGAUGAAAAUAGCCAUUGGCCUUGCUAAAGGAGUAGAGUAUUUACACCAUGACUGUGUCCCGAGGAUCACCCACAGAGACAUCAAGACGAGCAAUGUAUUACUUGAUGGCGAUAUGGAGGCCCACCUUGGAGACUUUGGACUCGCGAAAUAUGUGUCGGAGAACUCUGCAGGCUAUACUGAAUCUAAAUCUUGGUUUGCAGGCUCUUAUGGAUACAUUGCACCAGAGUAUGCAUUCUCGCUGAAAGCAACUGAGAAGAGUGAUGUGUAUAGCUUGGGCAUUGUGCUGAUGGAGCUGGUGAGCGGUCUAAUGCCGACAAACCGGAGCUUUGAUGGAGACAUGGACAUGGUCAGGUGGGUGCAGCUGCGAUUAGGAUCACGGGCGAGGGAGGAAUUGCUUGAUUCUGCGCUGAGGCCUCUUGCACCAUUUGAAGAAUCAUCAAUGUUUGAAGUGCUGGAUGUUGCUUUGCGUUGCACCAGGACUGCUCCUGCAGAAAGGCCAAGCUCCCGGCAAGUGUCUGAUCUUCUCAGGCGCAUUGCUGCAAGCACACAAGCAGUAGUUUCUGGAAAGAAGAUUGAACUAUAAAUGUAUAUCUAUGUUUUAGGACAUCAGCAGUGAUCCUCUGAUUGUGAAUCCAUGUGUUUUGAGUUUUCUAUGAAGUUCUAUGCUGCUUCAGUUUAAGUUGGGACAAUAAUACGCCCAUAACUGUCAGGUUAAUGUCUUCUUUUCUUUUCCAUUCUUGCAACAAAGAUAAGAGAUGAAAUAACUCGAACUUUUAUAGACGCGAGAAAGUUAAUAUCAAUAUGAGUCAAAUCAAGAACAAAGAUAGAAAACACACAAACAAUAAAACCAGUGAUGUUUAAGGAAAAAAAGUAUAAUAUGAAUGAGACCGAGAGUGAAUCCUUCUCCCAACUGCUUUAGAUGAUGCCAUUGCCUCUGCUCUUUGGCCCCAUUAAUGCAACUUUCACACAAAACCAAGCAUAUAUUGUUCGCUCUUCUUUUAACACCGGCAUGAAGUCUCACAUCCGAGUAAAAAAGCCCAGAGCACCUGAGUCCAUGCCUCAAUUAUGAUGCCCACUUUUCCUUUCAAAACCCAGUACUUGCACAUCAAAAACAGAUGAUCAACGUUACACAUCAUCAUCUUCUUCAACACCAAAACUCUUUAACAAUUAAAAAGAAAAAAACAUGGCUCUAGCCAACAAAAGUCUCAUUUCAUAUUGGAUGAGCAAGUGGAAACACAAAAAGUAUCAAACAGAUAUAGAGAUAUAUAAAAGAGAAGUUCAUACAUAGAAGGCUAUUGGAGAGGUGGUUGUGUGACACUUACCUAUUGGAGACUGGGUUAGGACCACUAGGGACUUCAUGUUUGCUACUAUUGAAUUGUUCAUCUUCUUUCAAUGAACCAUGAAGGUGACCACUGUGUUCACCAACUAAACCAUGCUUGCUAGCAUGUGCAACUCCUAUGCUGUCGUUGUUUGGUGAGUUCAUCUGAUCAGCCUCAUUGACCGGUCUUUGGUCUAGUGUGACUUGUUUGUCUUGCUUCUCUCCAUUGACGUAAGGAAUUAGAAAAAGAAGAAAAAAGAACAGGAGAAUGGUUAAGUAACAAGAAGAGAACAAGGUCCUACAACUGAGAUCAUCACUAGCCAUACAAUAAGUAUAUUACAGACACCACACAAUAGCAAUUGAGAUGUUAAUGCCCAUGAAUGACUAAGGAGUUUCGAAGCAAAGAGCUGUGGGGUUAUUAAGAGAGAUGAAAAUGAAGUUGUAACGUGAUGACAAGCACAGAGAGAAUCUCAGAAAGCAAAGCAAA